UAAAUGGAGCCCGACUAGUACUAUCGGACCCAUCCCCAAAUUUCACUUUACACCCCUACUCCCCCUCUCUCGUCCGUGUCCCCACGCACUCGGGAAAUGGAUUCUCUCUCCCACUUUCCCUCGCUACUUCUUCCCGCUAAUUGCCCUUUUUGUCUUUUCUUUUCUGCAGCCAAUCGGAUUUCAAAUCAAAUUUUCUCGCGAAACAAACACAAGAAAAGAAAUAGAAAUCUUCAUUCUCAUUUUCUUGUACUUUCUUAGCUAAAUCAAACUCCAAUGAAUUCACGAGAGCUCGCUCUUGUCUCCACAGCCACAGUCUUCGGAGCUUUAGCUUCUGCUUUUGCUGUUCGCUUCUACUCCAGCAACAGCAAUUCCAGAAAGCAGUUUUCCAAAAUCGAUUCGGUUCCAAACUGUGACGUUUCGAAGAAAUGCUCUUCUCAGAGCCCCUUUGAUCCUUCCAAACGCAAAGAGUAUUUAUCAUGGGAUGAUUAUUUUAUGGCAAUUGCACUUUUAUCAGCUGAAAGGUCCAAAGAUCCAAACAGGCAGGUUGGGGCGUGUUUGGUUAGUAAAAAUGGCAUAAUUCUUGGCAUUGGCUACAAUGGAUUUCCAAGAGGUUGUUCAGAUGACGACCUUCCGUGGGCAAAGAAAUCCAAAUCUGGGGACCCUCUUGAGACAAAGUACCCUUAUGUUUGUCAUGCUGAAGUCAAUGCUAUUCUGAACACAAAUCAUGCUUCUGCUGUUGGGCAGAGGCUUUAUGUGACUAUGUUCCCUUGCAAUGAAUGUGCCAAGAUAAUCAUUCUGUCGGGCGUGUCUGAAGUUAUAUAUUUUAUAGAGAAGAACAAUUCAGACAUGGCGUACAUUGCUUCACACAAGUUACUGUCCAUGGCUGGUAUUAAAGUAAGUUUUGCUUGCUGUUUCGUGGAAGCAGUGUUAAACACUGCACUGAUUUUUCUCAGUUAAUCUACUUGAAGCUCCCACUGAGGUUUACUUUGGCCAAAGCACUUCCUUUGUUUGAUGCAUCAAAUUGUGUAUCACUUGGUACUGAUAACCAGUCAAUGACACCAAGCUUAACGUGCCAUGCCAAUACAUGCCCCAAACUGUUUUGUUGCGCAUUAACAAAUACUCUAACCCAACGAGGAUAAUUUGCAGCAGCUUUGGGAUUUCAAUGCAUUUGGCUUUUCAUGAUCUAUUUUUAAUCGUACUUGUUCUUCCAAUGGCAGUUCAGAAAACACCAACCCCAGACGGACCAAAUUUCGAUCAAGUUCCAAGAGUCCUAGAUAAUGACUUUAUUGCUGUUCAUUUGUCAAGCCUGAGCAUCACCUGCAGUUAUAAGAUCAAGCCUUGUUAUAACCUGUAUGUUGCAUCUUUCAUUAACUGACGAUUGGAACCUCUCACCAAGAAAAACUAUCUAUCAUGAAGAAUUCUUGGAUGCUAGCUACAAUUACCCAGCAGAUACAAGUAUGGUUGUGUAUUUUACCAUCUCUGUCAGGAGAAACAAGUAUGGCUGUGUUGUAUCAUCUCAGUCAACAGCUUUAACUAGGUCGGAGUGAUGACAAGGUAACAGCUUCGACUGCAAACUCAGUUGGGCAGUUAUCCCACGCUGUUUAUAGUGGAUCCCUCUUUCUACUCUGCACAGAAUUCCUUCGUAUCGUAUGACAUUAUCAUCUAUCGAUGUUCUUUGCAUGGAGUUAAGCAAACUAUUUGCUCAUGAGAAAGGAAAACCCUAAAAACUAGAGAAACCAGAUUGGGUGACACAUGCCAUGUAACACUGACCCGACAAUUCAGUUGGAGUUCUCCUGCCCGUAAGUGGUAUUCAUCAAAAGGAAAUAUGGAGCCAGAAAUCGUUGGUGCUUUUUGUUGUGGCACUGCUCUGCUCUGGUUGUUUCAACAUAAAUGUACUAAGUUUCAACCAAAUCCAACCAAUAAAUGCUCGUUUCAUGGAA